AUGAACCUGCCGGUCGUACUGUUUCUUUGCUUCCUUCUGGGUUCAAGUCAUGCCCAAACAGAAGAGGCUGACUAUGACCUGGACUAUGGAGGUCAAGGUGAGUAGCUGUUCCUAAUUCUGGCCACAACAAAGCUCCAAUGCGAACUGCGCCCUAGCUUGGGAACUUAGGAAAAAUAGAUCGAAUUUUGCUUCGAUCUAGCUGGCACUGAAUUACUAUGGUAUCUCUGUAGUUUUAUGGGUACCUACUAAGGCUAUGACGGCUCAUUUAGUUCUACACGGAGGCAAUAAGUUUCGUUCCGGACAAGUUUCAUCGUAUAAAGUGUAAAAUCGCAGGCUGCUGUCGUCUUUGAGGGGUAGGGUAGUACGUAAAAAAGAAGGUACCUCACUCACUAAAUCCACUGUCCGGGCAUAGACAACGAUUAAUUGAGCCUGCACGCCAAAUUCGGGCUAAUUCUGACCAGUUUCCGCAAAGUCAUAAGUUGUGGCCAAAAUAAGGAAAAUUUACCCUUUCAUUUUGCAAUUUUCCCAAGCUGCGGGGAAAAAUACGCCCGAGCCUUUACUUUUUGUUUGUGGCUAGCGCCCAAGUUUUCUGUCGACUUUUUAAGCUUACAAUUGUUAAUCUGUACAAGUUUUAGCCACCACAAAUGGGCCCGAACCAGUUCCCAAUGUGAGUCGCAGUUAGGUCUUAUGUAAAUAAUCCACCAUUUACAGUCCACCCCGCCUCCAACUACUACUACUACGAAGACAACUACGACGCCAACUACGACGCCAACUACGGAGCCAGCUGCGGAGCCAACUACGGCGUCGGCUUCAGUGCCUCCGGAAGCCUCGACCACUAGCGAUGGAGGUACGAACCCAACUACAAAGCCGACCACUGCCAGUGUCAUGUACGGCCUGGUCACCAUGUUCAUCAUGGUGUAUAUCAUUGAGUAG